AUGUUUCGUCCUUUAUUUCUUCUUCGAAGCACAGUUCCCAUGCAUGUGGGCCGAGUUCGCCCCUAUCACCGAGUUCUGCAAGCCAUGGAGCAAGGGGGGCAGGGGUUAUCGGUAGCAGCAGAGGUCUUUAAGGAGUUUGAGCUCUCCUGUCGGAAUGAACCAAUACACGACAACAAAAACGCCCCCCUAAGCAGCACAGGCUCCAGCGCUACCCCUCGCAAGCCGCUCACCGAGUUUUGCGGGGAUGCUAAAGAUGUCGAGCCUUUGACAAUAUUGCUUUUGAAAGCCCUGUGCGACUUGCGUAGAUUAGAUGAGAUGCGCUUCCUUUUUACACAGUCCUUGCUUGAACUGGAUAGUGGGAUACCGCUCUCAAUUGAGUUAUUCAAUGUGUAUUUGCUAGCCAUAUCUAUGACCGAGACCUAUAGUCUGAACGAGGUGGAGAAUGUUAUCGAGCUCAUUCGAUGCAAGGGCGCUACGCCGGAUAUCAUCACGAAGCUCUCCGUGUUUAUCUUACAUUUGCGGCUCGGGCAAGACAGCUGCAUUUCGUGGUGGAAGGUCAUCCGCGCGGAAGUUCAAGAAAUCAUAAGUGGAAAUGCGGUCCCGAAGUAUCCAUUGCUUCCAUUACGGGUGCAGAACUGCUUUCAAACAUUGAUGCGGCUGCACCAUGAUGUGGUGGUGUUGCACGAGUGCUUCGAUCUGCUCCGCACCCUCCGCCCUGAGGGCUGCACCCCGGCCCUACUGCUGCCCUACAUGAUGCUAAGCGUCGCGAACGAAGCGGCCCCGCCUUCUACUGUGGUGGAUAUCCUUAAAAUCCACGAGGCGUCUCGUGGAAACCAUCGCGAGGGCCCCACCGCCGUUCCGUUGGCGGGUUCACACGCGGAUACUGCGAGUUCGGCCCCGUCCAAUCCUGCGGCGGUUCCGGCCGAUCCGCCGCUGCUAAACAGCGAAUCCACCGUCUUUCGGCUGCUAUCGAAGUGCCUGAGGUGGGGCGACGCCGACGCGGCGCGUUACGUGUGCGAGUAUUUAAAAAACCACCACGCGUUUCGUAUUAUUGCCGAGGAGCACCAGCCCUUGGUCUCGCUUCUCUACGCCGGGGCGCUGGCUCGUGCGGGGUGUGUGUUGGAUUCGUUGGGGGUGCUGGAAGGGGUGCCGCCGCCGCGGAAUCGCCCGGGGCGGACGGCGGGGUUUUUCAACGGACGCCGCCGCCUCGUGGCGGAUUCCGUCGACGCCGUGGGGGACGUCGUGCGGGCGAUCGGCGAGCGAGGGGUGGGGGAGGUCCUGCGGGAGCUGCGCACGGCUGCAGGGGCGGGUCGACGGGUGACCGCCGCUUCGUUGGAUCUCCUCCUCGCCGCCUGUGCGAUGCGGGAUGACGACCGGCUCGGGGAGGGGGUGCUCUCCACCUACCCCUCCUUUGGCGCGGCGCCGAGUUGCUUUACCUACACCGCCCUGCUCUCGUGCUACGCGGCGGAGGGAUCGGCCUUUCGCGGGGUGGAUCGGCUGCGCUCGGUGAGGCGCGCGAUGGCCGACCGCGGUAUCCCCGUGGAUGACGCCUUUCUGCGGGAAACGAUGAGGGUGGCGUUAUCCGCGGGGGAUUUAGCGUGCGCACUGGUGAUCGCCGAGCAACACGCGGAGCUUCAAAUCCCAAUGGACACGCCGCUGUGCGCGUGCCUUCUGGAGAAGCUCACCGUGGCCGUCGACGUGGAUGGCGCACGGCGUGCGCUACGCGCGAUGCGCUCCUGUAAGGCGUCGUUAGAUACCCGAAGUUUGGCGCUCUGUACAGCUACUUUUGAAAAAUGGGGAAUCAAAUGUGAUGACCUAGCAAAUCUUUAG